UUGCGCAUUCCCUCAUUUAUUGACGAAAAUAACAUAUUUAUUAACAUAUAUUAUUCUAUAUUAUUUACAGCUUAUAUAGGCCGUGUUCCGAUAUACACUGCCAGUAUUGAAAAUCUAUACUUUACGUAUAACGUAAAUUAUAAAUUUUUAGUACUGGCAGUGUAUAUCGAAACACGGCCUAUAUAAGCCGUAUUCGGAAUACGGCCACAGAUAUAGAACGUAGUACCAGGGCCAGCCGGAUAGGGGUCGUGGCGGUCGCGCGUCGUUUCAUGUUUCCACCGUAGAGCUAUGAGCUUGCGCUUCUCUUAGUAUAUGUUCUGUGUUGUCCCGUCGCUGCUGACGACACCUAGGAGCAUCACCAAGUUAUGGGCCAAAUUGAUACCACGCACUCAAGUAAUAGUACAAACGCUGCAGUCGCAGGGAGUCGUGUUCAAAUACAAACUGCUAGAAAUCUGGGGUUCGGAUAAAAAAUUUCUGUUGUCAGCUUACCAGAAGUAGGUGCCGGAAUCCGCGCACGCAGAAGUGGCACAGAUAUGGCCGCCUUUGUAAUUAAGAACAAAACAUUAGGAUUGUAAUUAUACAGUUUUUUAGAUAAUUAAAUUAUUUUAUAUAUGAAAAAAAAAUCGAAAUGCAUCAGUUUUAGCCCUCCAGCAAGGGGUCGAUUGUGUAUCUUGAAAUAAUGAGGUAAAAAUUACAAAAGUGAGAAAAUUCAUUAGCGUAUCUACGAUUUUAUUUAUCAAAAUCUAGUAAAAUAUUUUAACUUUUGUCAUUUUCACCUCGUUUCAAGAUACACAACCGACCUCCAGACGUACGCAGCGGUUUAUUUUAUCAACUUUAAAAGUUGGCGGAAAGACGACUUUUUAUCAUGACGGAAAGUCGACUUUUCAUCGUGACGGAAAGUCGACUUUAAAUCGGUGGUUUUUGCGACAUUCGCCGACUUCAAGUCGACUUGAAGUCGACUUUCGUCCUUAAAAAAGUCGACUUCUCUGCCAGUCAAUUUCGGUAAAAGUCGACUUCAAGUCGACUUUUUGCUCUUAGGGGGUUUAUUUUAUCGACGUUAAAAGUUGGCGGGAAGUCGACUUUUCGUCAUGACGGGAAGUCAACUUUCGUCCUUAAAAAAGUCGACUUCUCUGCCAAGUCAGUUUCGGUAGAAAUCGACUUCAAGUCGACUUUUUGCUCUUAGGGAAAGUAUCCGGCAAGUUGAUCUUUACCUCGUUCCCUCUUUGUAUAUAUGUUACUGGAUAGAAAGAGGCAGCUUGGCCUCUACCAGUCGCUAUCUCUUUUCUUCCACUGGUGUGAGUCACCGGCUAUAUUUUUCUAUAUCUGAGCGCAGUCUAUACUAUAUAUGUCUAUGGCAUGCCGUUUUACUUUUUAAUAGCAUAAAUAAAAUUAUACUCAAUAUAAAAGUUUCAAAAAAUAAUUGUCUUCAGAA